AUGCCUUAUAUCACGGAAUUCAACCUCCUCGUGCUACAGAUGGAGACAAGACACCCACGUUCCGAGGUACGCAGGCAGACAGGCAGUGUGGGCGUGGGCUGGCAGACCAAAGUCGGGGCUUUCCCCCGGGUUAGGGCUGCCUGGGCUGAGGCCGCAAGAGCAUCGAUUGGGUGCCCCUCACUCCCCUGGGGCUCGGCCGAGUCUGCAGCUCCAGGAAGGGAUCAAAUCAACGGUGAAGUGGAUCAAAGGACCAAGGCCAAUGGGGCAGUGGGGAGUGGGAAUCUGGAAGAGGAGCAGGAAGAGAUCCCGGGACGCCCGAAGCGAGAGAAGACAGCCCGAAUAGUGCUGUGGACACCCGAGCGCUUUCCCCACCCUUCAGUCCUACAACGAAAGCUUGGAAGGCCAAUGUGUGGGCCAGAACCUGGGAGUAGAGGCUGGCGUCGGAGCCAGGGCAGGAACCAGAGACACAGAGAUAGAGACCGAGAGGAGGAGCUUGACGCGGGUCCGGUAAGGAGCUAUGGAUCCCGGGGUCAGAGUGGCCCAGUCAGGGCCCCUGCGCUCAGGAGGAGCCCCGGGCAGGGAGGACCCAGCCACCCGACUCUGGACACUACGCUGCUCAUCCGUUGCAGGGUUUCUGUUCCGGGCAGCGCUGGGUGUAAACGGGCUUCUACCUCGCAAGGUUGUUGUAUGGAUCAAACGAGGUACAUCUUGUAAAAACUUGUAGCACCAUGCCUAGCACAUAGUAGGUAAUCUUCCCUUCUCUUCCUUCCCUGGGUGAGAAGCGAAUGUGACUGCGAGCGUUUGGUAGUGUAUUGGAGAGAGGCUGGGAGAAAAGCCUCGGUGACAGGAAUCCCAGCCCGGAGGCGCACCAGCGUGUGACCUUGGUCAAGUGCUUCCCUUUCCUUUUCUGGGCCUCGGUUUCUCACUCCGUAAAAUGAGGGGCUGAAUGGAGCUCGUUUGUCUCUUGUCCUGUCUGACCGUCUGUGAUGCACGAAUGUGUAUGUGUGUGAGUGUGUGUAUGUGUGUGUGUAAGAGACAGACAGGCAGAGACAGAGACACAGAGAAAGAGAGGGGAGAGUUGGUGUGUGGUUGUGUACAGG